CGUAAGACAAGAGGAAGCACUGCAUCCUCUUCAAGACCUCUGACAUGGAUCCCAUGAGUAUGAAAGAAGACCUGAUGCUCUUUCAGAGCACCCUACUUCAGGAUGGCUUGAAGGAACUCUUGCAGGAGAAUAAGUUUGUCGACUGCAUUCUGAAAGUUGGAGACAGGAGUGUUCCCUGCCACAAACUCAUCAUGGCUGCUUGUAGUCCUUACUUCAGAGAUCUUUACUGCUCAGAAGAUGGUGUGGAGAGAAGCGACUCCAACAAGGAAUUGGUGUUGGAGGACGUGGAUCCCACUAUUAUGGACAUGAUUGUGAAUUAUCUCUAUUCUGCCAAGAUCGAGAUCACGGACGAGAAUGUGCAAGAUGUCAUCACAGUUGCCAACAGAUUUCAGAUACCAUCAGUGUUCACUGUUUGCGUCAACUUUUUACAAAACAAGCUAUCAGUAGGUAACUGCUUGGCCGUCUUUAGAAUGGGACUAGUUCUGAACUGCCCGAGACUCGCUGUGACCGCAAGGGACUUCAUAGCGGAUCGCUUUGAGACUUUAGCCAAAGAGGAGGACUUUCUUGAUUUCAAUGCUCAUGAGCUCUUUGCUAUCAUUGGGUGUGACUCUCUAAAUGUGGAAAAAGAAGAGGUUGUGUUCGAGCUAUUGAUGAAAUGGGUCAGGAAAAACAAGGAGAUCCGGGCGAAAGCUUUGGGUGAUGCCUUUGAACACAUCCGCUUCCGUCUGCUCCCGGAUGAAUAUUUUAAGGAGAAAGUGGAAAAGGACGAAAUCAUCAAGGCUGACCCUGAGCUUGAGAAGAAACUACAAGUCAUCAAAGAUGCUUUUGCUGGAAAACUUCCACAAACUAAGGAAGGAGAGAAAGGGGAUGGAGAAGAGAGUAAAAAUGUGUUGCCUGGUUACCUGAAUGACAAUCAAAGGCUGGGCAUGUACACCAGGGAUCUAAUCCUGAUGAUUAACGACACAGCAGCUGUGGCUUACGAUGUGAACGAAAAUGAAUGCUUCCUAGCUGCAAUGGCAGAGCAGAUACCUCGAAACCAUGUCAGCAUCACAUCAAAGAAGAACCAGCUCUAUAUCUUGGGAGGACUGUUUGUUGAUGAGGAUGACAAGGAGUCCCUACUGCAGAGCUUUUUUUAUCAGCUUGAAACCCAUUCUUUGAACUGGAUAUCUCUGCCACCUAUGCCAUCACCCAGGUGUCUGUUCGCCAUGGGGGAGUUUGAAAAUCUAUUGUUUGCAGUUGCUGGUAAAGACCUGCAGACAAGCGAGUCUCUGGACUCAGUGCUCUGUUAUGAUGUCGAUAAGAUGAAGUGGAUGGAGACCAAAAAGCUGCCCUUAAGAAUUCAUGGUCACAGUGUGAUCUCAGCAAAUGAGCUCGUGUACUGCUUAGGAGGAAAGACAGAUGAAAAUAAAACUAUCAACAAAAUGUUUGCAUACAACCAUAAGAAGUCUGAAUGGAAAGAGAUGGCAGCAAUGCAGACACCCAGGUCCAUGUUUGGAGCAGUGGUCCACAAAGGAAAGAUCAUCGUGCUUGGAGGAGCAAGUGAAGAUGGCCUCUUAGCCUCUUGUGAAGCGUAUGACUGUGGAACAAACAAAUGGGAGACGUUCCCCGAGUUUGCUCAAGAGAGAAGCUCUGUUAACCUGGUCAGUGUUGCCGGUGCUCUGUAUGCAGUAGGCGGCUUCACCAUAAAGGAGAAUGAGAACAAAUACUGUGUGCCCUCCGAAAUCACAGACAUCUGGCAGUAUGAGGAGGACAAGAAACAAUGGACUGGAAUGAUACGAGAGAUGAGAUAUGCAGCUGGUGCCUCCUGUGUUUCUAUGAGACUAAAUGCAGCAAAGAUGCCUAAACUUUAAAUAUAGCAUCUCCAUUACAGUUUGUUUUCCAGUAACAAAGUGUGACUAUAUUGUAAAGAAGCAUAAAAAAAAAAAACUCUUAGUCAAAUUGAAAUUAAUAUAUGUUCCUGGUCUUCCUAUAUGCGGUUUAUCAGUACACAUUAUCCCAAAUAAAAAGUGUCUAUGUAAUUGUUUAUUAAAAUAUAAUAACACUCUCUGCUUCUAAAACAACAGUUUUGUAUUUGUUGUUGAUGGCUGAUGUUUCAAAAUCCCUUCUUUUUUUUUUUUUUUUUUUUUUUUUAAAUCUCUCCCCACCCACUAUCUGGCUCCAUUCUGGUACUUAAAGGGAUAGUUCAUCCAAAAAUUUCCAAAAUCCUUAAAUUCUCUCAUUAUUUACUCCCCCUCAUGCCAUCCCAGAUGUGUAUGACUUUCUUUCUUUCUUCUGCUGAACACAAACAAAGAUUUUUAGAAGAAUAUUUCAGCUCUGUAUAAUCCAUAUAACGGGUACCAAAAAUUUGAAGCUCCAAAAUUAUAUAAAGUCAGCAUAAAAGUAAACCAUAACACUCCAGUGGUUAAAUCCAUAUCUUCAGAAGUGAUAUGGUGUAGAUGAGAAACAGAUCGAUAUUGAAGUCUUUUUAACUAUAAAUCUCCUCUUUCACUUUUACAUUCUUAUUUUGUUUUUACCGAUUAUUUGCAUUCUUCGUGCCUAUCGCCUUCUACUGGGCAGGGAGAUGAAUUUAUAGUAUAAAAGGACUUCAAAUAUAUGUUUCUCACCCACUCUUAUUGUAUUGCUCAAGAAGACAUGAUUUAACCACUGGAGUCAUAUUGAUUUCUUUUAUGCUGCCUUUAUAUGUUUUUUGGCGCUUCAAAUAUUUGGCCACCGUUUACUUGCAUUGUGAGGACCUACAGAGCAGAGAUAUUCUUCUAAAAAACUUUAUUUGUGAUGAGCAGAAGUCAAACAUAAAUGGGAUGCAUGAGGGUGAGUAAAUGAUGAGAGAAUUUUCAUUUUUGGGUGAACUGUCCCUUUAAAUCUUUUUUCAAUCUAUUCAAUUUCCAAUGGACAAAAUUAAAUCCUGCAGUAUAUUUUUAAUUAAUUGAAUACCUAAUGUAUUUUAUGCAGUAACAUUUUAUAUUAAAGUAAAAUGGGUUGUGAAUGAUGUUUCAUGUAGAAUUUUUAAAUCUGUGGUAUAUUGUAUUCUUAGAUUAUAUUGUGCUCUGUUGUGAGAUUUGGUGUAAAGGAAACAUUUAUACAACUGAUGGUCAAAAUAAAAAAAAUUCCA